AUGGCGGCGACGAGGCCCGUGUUCUCAUAUGCGAGCCUUUUCCGCGCCAUCAGAUCUUGCGCGCCCAGGACAUACCAAUCUCUACGAAAGCCUCCACCCCAACAGAAUCGCAGCCUGAAAACCACUACCCGCCGACGGCAGGAGACCUACUCCUCGCGCUACGGGCCAGCAGCUAACAGCAAUCUCCCGCCACCAGACAAGCCGGACGAUCUCAAGUUCCCUCAAGAAGUCCCCGAACCCACCAAGAAGGAGCACAAAGAAGACCCGGACAGCAAUCCCGUCCACGAAGAUGUCGAGCACCGCACGAUGCGCAAAGGCGGCGACUCGGACUACGCCCUCAAAGCCGAGCCCGUCCUCGAUGGCGAGCCUCUCGGCCACAAGGAGCUCGACAUGGUCCUCUCCAUACCCUCCCCGUCAGAACUGAAAGGCGAGAACUCCCACUCUCGGCACCCGCACCUCGAAGCCUCUCCCUACGAGCACCAUUUCGAUACCUACAGUCUUGUCCAGCAGCUUGCUACCGAGAAGGCCUACGGACCUGAGCAGUCCGUGACCCUGAUGAAAGCCAUCCGCCUCAUGCUCGCCAUCAACCUGGACGUCGCGAAAGAAGGCCUGGUCUCCAAAUCCGACACCGAGAACGAAGCGUACCUUUUCCGCGCCGCCUGCUCUGAACUACGGACCACUUUGCAGACCGCACGGCAUUCCGAAAUGCUCAAGCAGCGCUCACAUCGGGCAACAUUGCAGCAUGAGUCCGACCUGCUGAACCAGAAAGUCACGCAGGAUCUAGCGACCAUGCGCGAGGAGCUGAAGGGCAUGUUCAACGACCGCAAAUUGGGUCUCGAGGAGCAGAAGCGGCAAAUCGAUAGCAAGAUCCAAGGACUGAAUCACAAGAUUACCAUCUUGCUCAACUCUGAGGCGAAGAGCGAGGCGGAGGGUCUCCGCUGGAUCCUGACUCGAAGGGCUGCUACUGCUAUUGCGAUUUGUGCUUUCAUGAUAAUCAAUGCCUUGAACUACUCCUCCAUCAAAACACGCGAGCGCGAAGAAGCGGAGAAGAAGAAGGAAGCACUGAAAAAGAAAAAACGAGAACAGGAACAGCGAGCCGAGAGCGAUGCGCAGGCGAUGAGGUUCACUACGCCGAGUCGUGAUCAAGGCGUGCAGACUUCGUCAACUUCGACGGGUACGGGGAGUGGGGCUUUCGAGGAGAGUUUGGGUUGA